CCAAUCCAACUCCAUAACCUAAAGGAGACUCAUACACUCACACUCCUCUCUCUCUCUCUCCGUUAGGUUGGCUCAGGCUCUGCCGUAGAAGGCCGCCGGCGACUCCACUCCUUUCUUCUUCGCCACCAACCAUUCCAAUUUCCUAAUAAGGUGCAGUUUGUUUUUCAUUCUGAUUAGUUAUGGGGAGCAGUCCAGCACCAUUUUCGGAUAUUGGGAAAAGAGCAAGAGACCUGUUGACCAAGGAUUACAACUUUGAUCAGAAGUUCUCUUUGUCAGUGAUUGGAUCAUCAGGACUGGGACUUACAGCUACAGGUUUGAAAAGGGACCAAAUUUUCAUCGGUGAUCUAAACACCUUGUACAAGAGCGGAAACACUACUGUGGAUGUGAAGAUCGAUACCUACUCUAAUGUGAUCACAAAAGUGACAGUGAGUGAUGUCUUGCCGAAUACCAAAACAGCAAUCAGCUUUAAAAUACCAGACAACAAAUCCGGCAAGCUAGAUGUUCACUACCUACAUCCUCAUGCUGCCAUUGAUUCCAGUAUUGGUCUUAAUCCAAAUCCUCUCUUGGAGAUAUCAACUGCUAUUGGAUCGAAAGAGCUGAGUUUGGGUGGUGAAGUUGGAUUUGACACCGCUUCUGCUUCAUUCACCAAGUACAAUGCUGGGAUCAGUUUGAACCAGCCUGAUUUUACUGCUGCUAUUUUAUUGACGGACAAAGGACAGGCACUGAAAGCAUCAUACAUUCAUUAUGUCAAUUCCACCAGCGGAACAACAAUUGCUGCUGAGUUGAUCCAUAGGUUUUCCAGCUAUCAGAACAAUUUCACCAUAGGAAGCUCUCACGCACUUGAUCCUUUCACCGUGGUAAAAGCGCGAUUCUCGGACAAUGGGAAAGCUGCCAUGGUAUGUCAACAUGAAUGGAGACCACGAUCGAUAAUUACUGUCUCAGCUGAGUUUGAUUCGAAGGCUAAUAACUCAUCCCCGAAGCUAGGUCUUGCUCUUGCUUUAAAGCCUUGAUUUGGGAAAAACUUUUUUUUUGGUCACAUUUUGCAACAUAGCCAUUAUUUUUUUUUUUCAUCCAUAAUUUUAAGCUUCACUUUGAUUGAUAAAAUGGGAAGCUGAGAAGUUGGUUAUUGAUUAAAUGUUGUAUUUGGUGGGGUAAUUGGACCCAUUUUUGAAAAAAUUCAUUGAAAAUGAAAAUAGGACAUUUUUUUUGUUGCCAAACAUUGAUGAUUAUCAUUUGGUAUUUUAUAUUAUUAUUUAAUAGACAGUUUUUAACUGA